AUGCAACUUGCCAUUGGAGUGCUGGCGGUGGUCCUGCUCACGGAGCUGAUCAACCUUAUCGGGAAGACCUACUUCACAGCCAUGGCAUACGAUGUCUACCUCAAAGUCAUCAACAAGGACAAAGUCUUCAAGCAACGCCAGCUCAAACGAGAAGUCCUCACCCUCAAGAACGAUCUCUCUCGGACAUCCUCCCAAGACGAAUUCGCCAAAUGGGCCAAGCUCCGCCGUAAGAUGGACUCCAAGAUCGCAGAGCUCGAGAAGCUUACCUCCGAACUCCAUGUCACCAAGGCCUCCUUCGAGAUCAAGUUUAAGUCCUUCCUUUGGUUCAUCACCAACGGACUCCAGUUCCUAAUGGUCGCCUGGUUCAGGCGUGUGCCCGUCUUUUACCUUCCCUUCGGAUGGUUUGGUCCCGCAGAACGCAUUCUUUCUUUACCCUUUGCGGAGCGCGGAACCGUCAGCAUCGCAAUUUGGUUCUACGUUUGCAGAAAGUUCACUCUUCUC